AUGAGAGUAACAACGACCAAGAUUGCCAGCCCGGCUUCGACCAGCGUCGUCUUCUUUGCGGCCAUGGUCGCGGCGCAAUCAUGCGCUCUUCCAUCCUCGUACCGCUGGUCGUCGAGCGGGCCGCUUGCGAACCCAAAGUCGCCAUGGGUCGCGCUCAAGGACUUCACCAAUGUUGUUUACAACGGCAAGCAUCUCGUGUAUGGGUCAACACAUGACAGUUCUAAUUACGGCUCGAUGAACUUCGGGCUCUUCAGCGACUGGUCGCAAAUGGGUUCGGCGUCUCAAAAUGGGAUGAGCCAAGCCGCUGUGGCACCAACGCUCUUUUACUUCGCGCCAAAGAGUGUUUGGAUCCUCGCCCAUCAAUGGGGUCCAACUGCAUUUUCCUACCGGACCUCUAGCGAUCCGACGAACGCAAAUGGAUGGUCCUCCCCACAGCCGCUUUUUACUGGAAGUAUUUCGGACUCUGGGGACAACGGUAAAAUCUACAGGGCUAGUAUGCCGAUUGGAAACUUCCCUGGUAACUUCGGUAGCUCGUCAACGGUAAUCAUGAGUGACUCCACCAGCAACCUUUUCGAGGCGGUCCAAGUCUAUACGCUCAAGGGGCUGAACAAGUAUCUUAUGAUUGUCGAAUGUAUCGGUGCAAACGGGCGGUAUUUCCGCUCUUUCACGGCUACAAGCCUGGGCGGUUCGUGGACAGCACAGGCCGCGACCGAGAGCAACCCCUUCGCCGGCAAGGCCAACAGCGGCGCUACCUGGACCAACGACAUCAGCCACGGCGAUCUGGCCCGAUCCAACCCGGACCAGACCAUGACCGUCGAUCCCUGCAACCUCCAGCUACUCUACCAGGGACGCGACCCCAACUCCAACCCCAGCUACGACCUCUUGCCGUACCGGCCCGGUCUGCUUACGCUGCAGAACCCCGGUACCUCUACUGGCGGUGGUGGUGGGUCGAUGUCUUCGUCCGCUACACUCGCGACCUCUACUGUCAAACCUACCACUACCUCUUCUGCACCACCUUCGGGAUCGGGCGCUGCUCACUGGGGUCAAUGCGGCGGUAUCGGCUGGACAGGUCCGACGGCCUGCCAGAGUCCGUACACAUGCACUUAUUCGAACCCCUACUAUUCGCAGUGCUUAUAA